UUCUACUGAUCGGGGACGUGUCAAUCGCACAGUAGCGUUUUCCUCAUUGGUCAAAGGAAACAUACUUCAACUUACUUGAGUUACCUGCCUCUCGUCUCUCCUUUCUCAGAAAGACUGCGUAAAAGCGAUGGCCCCUCAAAGCCCAGAAGAGCAGGAAGAAGAAUGUGUUAGUGGGGCUCAGAUCAUCGCGGAGGCCCUGAAGAUGCAAAAAAUUGAGUAUAUGUUUGGUAUUGUUGGUGUUCCUGUGAUCGAAGUAGCAGUUGCUGCUCAAGCAAGUGGAAUUAAAUAUAUAGGAAUGCGCAAUGAACAAGCAGCUUCCUAUUCUGCUUCUGCUGUUGGGUACCUGACAGGCAGGCCUGGUGUAUGCCUUGUCGUUUCUGGUCCUGGUCUUAUACAUGCUCUAGGUGGAAUGGCAAAUGCAAACAUGAAUUGCUGGCCUUUGAUUGUUAUUGGAGGUUCCUCAGACAGAAAUCAGGAAACAAUGGGAGCUUUUCAAGAAUUUCCACAGGUUGAAGCUUGCAGGCUAUACAGCAAAUUUUCUGCCAGACCAAGCAGCCUAGAAGCUAUUCCUGCUGCUAUUGAGAAGGCUGUCAGAAAUAGUAUGUAUGGUCGUCCAGGUGCCUGUUACAUUGAUAUACCAGGAGACUUUGUAAAUCUGCAGGUGAACAAGAACUCUGUCAAAUACGUUGAGUGCUGUUCAGCAACUCCUAUCAGCAUGGCUGAAGAGGUUGCUGUUUCUAAAGCGACUUCAUUCAUUGCACAUUCCAGAAAACCACUCCUAAUUAUUGGGAAAGGUGCUGCUUAUUCACGUGCUGAAAACAGCAUCAGAAAGUUGGUGGACCAAUGUGGACUUCCAUUUUUGCCUACUCCAAUGGGGAAGGGAGUUGUUCCUGACAAUCAUCCAUACUGCGUAGCUGCAGCCAGAUCUAGGGCACUGCAGUGUGCUGAUGUUAUAAUAUUACUUGGUGCCAGAUUGAAUUGGAUUCUACACUUUGGACUUCCUCCACGAUUUCAGCCAGAUGUAAAAAUUAUCCAGGUAGACAUUUGCGCAGAAGAGUUGGGGAACAAUGUGAAACCUGUUGCAGCCUUACUGGGUGACAUAAAAGCAGUGACGGAGCAGCUUUUGGAUCAGCUGAACAAAAUAUGUUGGAAAUACCCUUCUAAUACAGAGUGGUGGAAAGAACUACAGUCAAAAAUGAAAAGCAAUGAAGAGGCAUCCAAGGCAUUAUCGCUACAAAAUUGUCUGCCAAUGAAUUACUAUAAAGUAUUCCACCAUGUCAGGGAACUUUUGCCAAAGGACUGCAUUCUGAUUAGCGAGGGAGCAAACACUAUGGAUAUAGGGCGCACUAUGCUUCCAAACUAUUAUCCUCGUCGCAGGCUAGAUGCUGGUACCUUUGGCACAAUGGGAGUUGGGCUAGGUUUUGCAGUAGCAGCUGCUGUGGUUACUAAAGACCAUAAUCCUGAGCAACAAGUAGUGUGUAUAGAAGGAGACAGUGCCUUUGGAUUUUCUGGCAUGGAGGUGGAGACUAUCUGCAGGUAUGAUUUGCCAGUCAUUAUAAUCAUAGUCAAUAACAAUGGGAUAUACAGUGGCUUGGAUGCAGAUACAUGGAAGGAAAUGUUGGAACAGGGCGAACCUUCUGUAUGUGUUCCUCCAGUCUCCCUAUUGCCAAAUGCUCACUAUGAGCAGAUCAUGUCUGCCUUUGGUGGUAAAGGGUACUUUGUACAAACACCAGAGGAACUGCAAGCUGCUCUGAAAACAAGCCUGGCAGAAAAACAUGUGCCUUCCCUUAUCAAUGUAAUGAUCGAUCCACAGUCGGACAGGAAGAAGCAAGAUUUUCAUUGGUUGACCCGUUCAAACAUGUAGCAGAAGAUGCAAGGACUGGAAAUCAUAAGAAAAAGACCUCUAACCAAACUGAAUGAACUUUCGGAUUCGCACUGUAGUAGUAGUCUUUAAUUUUUUAUAUAAUACUUGUUUGACUGUCGCAUAUGAACAAGCAUUAGUACUAUAAAUACACACUUGGCAAUUCCCAUGGGUGAGAACCCGCUCCUGCUCUCACAGCGUUCUCCAUAACAACAUAUGACCAUUAUUAUGUGGAAUGCCUCUCCCGCUAUGAACCUACCCGUUCACUUCGUUCAGUAUCCAAGGCCCUCCUCCGGGUACUAACUCACCAGGAUGCCCGGAGGAUUGUUAUUAGAUCUAGGGCCUUUUCUGUGGUGGCCCCCGAACUAUGGAACAGCCUACCUGAGGAGAUACGCCUGGCGCCUACGGUACUUUCUUUUAGGCGCCAGGUUAAGACCUGGCUAUACUCCCAGGCAUUUUAAUGUUAUUAUAAUGUUGAAUUUUAAUGUCAAUAUGUUCUAUCUAAUGUUUUUGUUUAAUUUGCUGUUGUUCGUCACUGAUUUUAUUGUAUAUUGUAUUUUAAUCCUGUUUUGUUCACCGCCCAGAGAGCUACUCGCUAUGGGCGGUUUAAAAAUGAAACAAAAUAAAAUAAAUAAAUAAAUAUUAAACAUCUGCAGUGCACUGGUUAAACAUUCAUUACCAAGCCAGGUUCAAGGUCCUUGUAAUAAUUUACAAAGCCCUCAACAACAGUCCAGGGUACCUCAAGGACCACCUGAACCCUUAUAUCCCAGCUCGAUCACUGAGAUCAUCUGCUGGAGCAUCAUUGGGCAUCCCCCGAGUUGGCGAGGCUCAUCUGCCUGACAACAAGAAAUUGAGCCUACAGUGUUGUCAGCCCAGUCCUGUGGAAUGCUCUGCCAGUAGAGAUUCAGCAGGCACCUUCUGUUCUGAUUUUUAAAUGCCUGCUGAAAACCUUUCUGUGUCACCAGAUUUAUGCAGGCAAUUAAGACAAUGUAUUUCUGCUAUAGUUAGUUAAUUUCUGAGCUUAAAUUUUUAUAUGGUUUUAUUCUGUGUUUAUAUAUGUUGUGAUGUACACCGCUUUGUGAGGUCUCCCUGGAAAGCAGUAUAUAAAUGUUUUAAAUAAAGAAAUAAUAAACAAUAGAGGGGAAUCUGCGGUCCUCUACAUGUUGCUGGACUACAGCUAACAUCCCUGAUCAUUGACCAUACUGGCUGAGGCUGAUGGAGCUUGGAGUCCAACAACAUCUGAAGAAUCACAAGUUCCCCUCCCCUGCUUAAAACAACUAGUAGCCACCAUCCUGCUGUGCUGCAUGAGUGUUUUUCCAGGAGUACAGAGCUAUUGUGGCUGUAUGUAAUGUUUCUGCCUGUAUUCACAGCAUCCACCUCAGUGCUGGGGUUGAAACAUUACAGCAAAUGUUGCCUUGUAGGUUGGACCCAUUUUUUAAAAUGAUUUUAAUAAACUUUUGUUGACGUUUUCU